AUGGUGCCUGAAGAAGAGCCUCAAGACCAAGAGAAAGGAGUCUGGUGGUUCCAGUUGAAGGUCUGGUCUGUGGCAGUCGUAUCUAUCUUGCUCCUCUGUGUCUGUUUCACUGUGAGUUCUGUGGCAAGUCACAAUUUUAUGUAUAGCAAAACUGUCAAGCGGCUGUCCAAGUUACAAGAGUAUCAACAGUAUUAUCCAAGCCUGACCUGCGUCAUGGAAGGAAAGGACAUGGAAGAUUGGAGCUGCUGCCCAACCCCUUGGACGUCAUUUCAGUCUAGUUGCUACUUUAUUUCUACCGUGAUGCAGUCUUGGACUGAGAGUCAAAAUAACUGUUCUGUGAUGGGGGCUGAUCUGGUGGUGAUCAACACCAAGGAAGAGCAGGAUUUCAUCACUCAGAAUCUGAAAAUAAAUUCUGCUUAUUUUCUGGGGCUGUCAGAUCCAAAGGGUUGGCGACAUUGGCAAUGGGUUGAUCAGACACCAUACAAUAAAAAUGUCACGUGA